CAUGUGGAGCAGCAAGAUGGCGGCGCAGUGGAGAGCCUUAGACGGGGAUUUAAAUGCCGGCAACGUGGACUUUUUGAGCACCGGAAGCCCUUGCCAGAUUGGCUCACAUCGGGGUGACAAUUGUGGAGUGGACAUGGACACGCAGUCCUGUGUGGAACACUCCAUUUUGGCAAUUUUUGAGGAUUCCACCGUUUCAUCAGAGGACACAAGGCAAGCAGAGGAAGAGAGCGAUACCUUGCUCUCAGCACUGACUCAGAUGUUAGAAUGUGUGGAGGAUGAUGUCAGCAGCAAUCUUUCUCCCUUUGACACCCUGCCAGACACCAAGCUCCUCAACUAUCAGGAGUUUGGGAACAGCAUGACAACAGAUGAAGUAGCCUUUGCCACUAAACUUAGACCAAGAGCCAAGAAUGACGCAGGAAAAGAAGACAAGAGCAAAGUAGCCAGACUUCACCCGGUCUUCCGACAAGAAAGUCAGACAUUGUUUCAAGGCCCAAAAAAGAAAGCAGAUACUGAAGUUGAUGUCUUCACUUCAUCUUCUCUGGUUAACCUAGUGAAACUCAUGCACCCAUAUUGCCUUAAGAUGCGUGUGGAGGAGGAUGGGAGGGGCCACCAAAGCAGAAAUGGACUAUCACCAUCACGCUGGAACAAACUAGAAAAAAAACGCACAAUAUUCUCCCAGGGAGAAGUAUGGAAGUAUGAGAAGCCAACUGGAGACAGUGACGAAGAUAUAAAUGUUGUAUCUGAUGAUAAUGAUACACCCCUGAAAGGGACAGAGGAAGACAAAGAGAGGGUUGCAAAAAAGGGUAGGGGCACACUGCUAAAAGGUGCACUGCUCACUGGCAAAUCGUCCAGAGGUCUGUUCUCCAGGGAAAAGAAAAGAGUCAGCUUUGGUCCUGUUCAAGUGGCUUCAUUUGAGGUGUCUGUGGAAUUCAACGAGAAGAAUCUCCCCAGCGUAGCCUCUGCAGAUACACCCGAAGGUCAAGCUAGUCCAGCACUUGUAGCCCCAGCAGCAGCAUCUAAAUCAGCAGACAUUGAUAAAAAGGCAGAGGAGCCACUGCCAAAAAGUAAAGCCAAAUCACUAAGCCUCCAAGAGUAUAGACAGCUGCGACAGAAAAGGCAGCUUCUGGUCGAGAAACAGCGGAACUACACCACCAAGUGGCCUUCUGUUCCUCAGCCCCCCAAAGAACUGACCCCCGUUAUCUGUUCACAUGGGCAAAGACAAACUCUCUGUGCGAUAAAGUCUUCACCCCAUCACACAGAACAGUCCAGAAUUAGUACAUAUCCACCCCAAAGAGCUACUUGUCAUCAUCCUCCCCGACCAGUAGAGAAGAUGCCAUUGUUUGCUGGUAAGCAUCACAGAUUCAAAUGUCUUCAAACUGAAUCAAAAAGCACCUCAUCUGAUGGUCCUAAGUCCAAUGAUGAGCACACUGACACCCCUGUUAAUGGAGCUGCAAGCAGGAAAAAUCCAUUAAAGAAUCUGGCACUUCUCAGCACUGAUCCCCCGAACCCUGUCCUCAUUCGCCUGCCUGUUAGCCAGACACCUGCCUCAUCAGAUUCUCACUCUCCACCAGUGUCCACUGUUGAGCUCUCAGUUGCAGCAUUACAAAUACAAUUGUCCACUGAGGAACCUCAGCCAAGUUGGCAAGUGGAGAGCCAAUGUCCGGUCACACCUCAAACUAGUUCAGAAUGCAGGAAACCACAAAACCUCAUGCUAGAGCCAAAGAUGUCUCAUUCACUAAGUCUAGGUCCUGUCACGUGUGACCAAGGUCAGCCAGUCAGGGAAGCGUUACCGGAGGAUCCCCUAAGAUCUUCUCCUCCCAAGAAACCACAAUCAUCACUUCAACAUACCCGUCACGAACAAAGUGCUGCAGCUGAGUCAGGGAUUGAAGCCUCUGAUCUUACAAGCUUGUUAGAGCAGUUUGAAGAGAAACAAGCUAAAGAGGAAGAGGAGGCUGAGCCAGCGUCCGUUUCAAAUGCUUUACCCUCAAUUCUGCACGAAGAAAUGGAAAGGACCUCCACGCUAUUACAGACCUCCACUAAGGAACAAGAACCUGUCAGAACUUUGUACUCAGUCACACCAAAAAGCACCAUAAAUGAUCUGGAGCGCCGAAGAAAAUCGGAACACGUCACUCCAGAGCCUCUCAGCACUGAAGUCAUCCUCGACACUGAAGUCAAUGUAAGACGGAAAGCACCGCCAUCUAAGGGCAUUCAGAUCAUUGAUCCACGCCCUUUGCCAUCCAGGAGGGCAAACGCUUCAGAGCUCGCUGCAUCUCCUCACAUGUGUUCGUCGGUGUCCGUAGAUCACGAUUACUGCCUGCCCGUGGAUUACUUGCAUACAAGAGCCCCUUCUUCUCUUCUCAAGAAUACUUGUGAAGUCGAGGAGGCCUCUGUAAGGAAAAGUGAGUCUCCCAUCAGAGCUGAAGAGAAAUACCAGUCAGCCUCGUCCACAUACACAGAUCUGGCCCCUUCAUGUACCCCACUUACACCUCCACCCAGCCCUCCAAGCAGAGGACGAGAGAAGAGGAGAUACACGAGAAGAACCCCCCUCUCGGACAGCUCUUGUUCGUCUUCAUCUUCCUCCAGCUCUGGAUCCCGCUCCCCAAAAAGACGAAGGUCCCGUCACAAGCGUUCCGGAAGCAGGUCGUGGUCUUCGUCCCCUUCUCGCUCCGUCUCCCGUUCCCCACCUCGGCAACAGUCUUCGACACGUUUAAGAUGUAAUAGAUCGAGAUCCCGAUCCUGGUCUCGCUCCGGGUCACCGUCCCCUUCCUCGACAAAUUUUCCUACAUGCAAGAGAAACAUUUACAGCAGAGAGUCCUGGAAGCUCAAGAGGGAGCACAAGGCGAGGCUUCAGAAGCUGAAAGCCAUAGAUGAGCGCAGAGUUGUGUAUGUUGGCCGCAUCCGUAGGUCCAUGACGCAUGAUGAACUAAGAGAGCGCUUCUCUCAUUUUGGAGAGGUGGAUUGCGUGUCACUGCACUUUAGAGAUAAAGGUGACCAUUAUGGCUUUGUCACAUUCUACAACACGGAUGAUGCAUUUUCAGCCAUCGACAAUGGUGGCAAACUAAGAAGGCCUGAUGAGCUGCCCUUUGACAUCUGCUUUGGUGGAAGAAGGCAGUUUUGUAACUCAGACUAUGCUGAUCUUGAUGCAAAAGUGGAUGCAGAGUCGUCUCCAGCCAAGAGCAGGUUUCAGGAGCUUGACUUUGAUUCGUUACUGAAACAAGCCCAAAGAGGACUGAGGUAGCAGAGCAGAGGGGAAGACAGGAGAAGAAAAAGAAACCCACUAACCUCAGAGCUUUUUGCACGCAUUUAUGUAGCAAACGUUUGCGGUUACUCCCCUCGUGCACCUUGUUUUGGAUGUUGUACUCAUUGGCGUUCAUUCACUAAGCACAGAUUUAUGCUUAAAUCAUGCUUAUGCAGGUUUGAUCCAAAAGCCUGUGAUUUAUCAGUAUGUUCGCACUUGUUUUUUUUCGUAAUCUUCGAACAAAUAUAGGACAUCUUUAGACCAUGCGUACGCACAAAUAAUGCAGGAUCAUCGAAAAUACAUUAAACAUUUUUUACCCAAGUUGCACAACAUUGGAACUAUUCAUUCAUAAAAACAAUAACUUUGGUGACAACUCAAACCAGAAAUUUGUGAAUGGGUUGACUGUCCUAGAUAACAAAAGGACACACCUCAUCACUAUUACCCUCAUUCCGCGAAAGCACUGCCUUGUACAGUAGGAUGUGUGUCCCUCUCUAAUUUCCUAGUUUUUCCCAAGGCUUCACUUUUCUUUCUAACACCAGGGCAAUAUGAUUAAUAAUUUUUCAAGUGAUUCUGCAUGUGCAGAUGUAUGUCAAUCAAUCUAUUCACACCCCCUGCUGACGGAUGGAGUCCAGCCCCUCGUGUCAUGAAUAUACAAACCCUUUCCAAAAAUUAGAAUAUCAUGGAAAGUUCUAUUUAAGUCCAUAAUUCCAUUCAAAAAGUUAAAUUUUCAUAGAUUAUAGAUUCAGAGCCCACAAUUGAAACAAUUUCAAGUAUUUGUUUAUUUUUACAUAAUUUGGACUUCCAUCUGAUAAAACCCACAAAAUCAGGAAUUCAACAAAUGUCAAUACUGUGAAGAAAUCACCAUUUACUUCAGUUUUUGUAGAAAAAAAGGGUCAAUCAAAUUAAAUCAAUCAAUAUAUGGUACUUUCGAAAUGAUAUGUUAAUCUUCAAUAUGUGGUUGGGAGUCCCUUUGCUUUAAUCACUGCCUCGAUGCGCCGUGGCAUUGAGGCAAUCAGCCUGUGGCAUUGAUGCUUGCUGUCAGUUCUUCUUUGUUUUUGGGUCUGGUGCCCUUUGUUUUCCUCUUGAUAAUACCCCAUACAUUCUCAAUGGGGUUUAGAUCCAGCGAGUUGGCUGGCCAGUCAAGCACUGGGCAUCAAACCAGGUUUUGGUGCUUCUGGUGGUAUGUGUGCAGGGGCCAGCUCCUGCUGGAAGAUUAAAUUUGCAUCUCCAUACAGAUCCUAAGCAGAAGGAAUCAUGAAGUCCUCUAAAACAGGGGUCCCUAUCCACCGGUCCGCGGACCGGUACCGGGCCGUGAGGCAUUUGUUAGCGGGGCGCAGAGAAAGAAUGUCCAAUUUAUAUAAUUUCUGUUUAAUUACAAUUCACGUGUCAAUGUGUUUUAUUUUGAAAAUUGACCGGCUCUUCUCCGCCGCAACAGCUGCGCAUCUCAAUUGACACAACAAGACUGCACAGAACGCUUCAGUUUCCCGUCCCAGCCGGCUCGAACGCUUCUGUUACCGGUCCGAGCGGGCUGGCUAACGGCGGCAGAGCUCGAAGAACGAAAUAAUUUCAUAAACUAACUCAGCUCAUUACGUUAACUGAAAAGAUUUGUUCCCAAACGAAACAACAUUAUAUCAGGAGUCCUACUUAAAAUACGGGUUUAUCGCAACAGUUAACUCUCAUGCACCAAGUCCGCUCUGAUACAGUCGUAGGUUUCUGCUGGACACAGGCACAGCUACUUUUACGGAGUUAAAAGUCUACUCUCAUUGAGGAGCUACGGAACUGCAGUCUGGUCUGGCUGCCUACAACAACAACUCCGAGCCCCACUCUUGCAUUGCGCCCACAGGUCCGUGAGACAAAUGCCGACUCCUAACCGGUUCGCGGUGCAAAGAAGGUUGAGGAACAUUGCUCUAAAACAUUCUGGUAGACUGUUACGGUGACCUUGGAUUUAAGAAAGCAGUUUACCAACACCUGCACUGGACAUUGCACCCCAAAUCAUGACUGACUGUGGAUAUUUCACACUGGACCUCAAGCAGAUUAGGUUCUGUUCUUCACCAGUCUUCCUCCAAACCCUUGGACCUUGAUUCUGACAGUUGUAGCCCGGAUGCGUCUGAAUGUGAUGGUUUUUGAAGCUGUGACUCCCACCUCAUUCCACUUUUUCUGGAUCUCUGCUAGAUUCUUGAAUCUUCUCUGUUUGAUAAUCCACUGAAGCCCACGGUCAUCUCUUUUGCUGGUGCAUCUUCUCCUGCCAGUUUGUCCUUCCACUAGACAUUCCAUUGAUAUGCUUGGACACAGCACUCUAUGAACAGCCAGCAUCGCUAUGAACUUUUGUGGCUUACCCAUCCUAUGUUGGGUAUCAAUGAUGGUCUUCUGGCCAGUUGUCAAGUCUGCAGUCUUUCACAUAUUGAACCCAGCUGAGACAACUGAACCAAACUGAAGCAAUUUAAUGACGCCUAGGGAAACCUGUGCAGGUGCUUUGAGUUUCGUAGAUGAUUAGUGUCUGACACUCAGUUUAAAAGAUUUAUGGGCUGCAAAAUUUGGAUUGAUUUCUUUACAGUAUUACAAUUUUUUGAAUUCCUGAUUUUGUGGGAUUUAUGAGCUGUAGACCCAAAUUAUGUAAAAGUAAACAAAUAAAUACUUGAGAUUAUUUAAAUUGUGGAUCCUGAAUCUAUCAUCUACGAAAGUUAAACUUUUUGAAUGGAAUUAUGGAAAUAAAUAAACUUUUCCAUGAUAUUCAAAUUUUUUUGGGAAACGGUCGUAUAUGAGUGAGUAUAUCCUCAGGCCUAAUAUGUGUCACACCCAUCACAGCAUGUAAUCGUGGGGGCCACUAAAUAUAUCUUGUUGCAUUUCAUAACUGAAAAUGUUUAUAUCAAAAGACAAAUAAAAGUUUUUAU